AUGUGGUUCCUCAUGGGACAUAAUGUCAGGAUCGACAGUGAAGACAUGGGGAUGGAAAAAUGCUGUGUGUCUGAUGGUCAGCUCGUAGGAUCGUCAAUGACCAUGACCACAGCUGCAACAAAUCAGCUUACUGUGUUCCAUCUGCACAGAGAACUGGAUAUGUACUCGAAGUCACUCGACCACCCCAUGUGCAUGACACUCAACUCAAUCGAGCUUGGAGUUGGCUCCACAACCCCUCUGCUGGAAGCCAGCCUAUUCCCGGUGUUGGCUGCCACUUUGUUGCUGGGUGGCCUGCUUAAGGUGGACUGCAUGAGCAGAUGCAUUGUGGGAGAAGGCACAUCUUCGAGAGCCCAUGAGCACAUAAUCUGGAAUGAGUCAGAGCAGCGGAUGAUGAGAUGGUCUUGGAUCGCAGUCAAUAAGAAGUGUGUGCUGGGGGAGAAAACCACAAGUGAUGCAGACUGUUUAUAG